GAUCCAGAGGUGGGGGGCGACGGAGGCGGGCGGAUCUGGAAGACGACCUGGGUGGAGACGAGGAGAGAAUUCAAAACUGAAGGGUAACCUGGUCAUUUCGCUGCUUUUUCACCUGGUCGGAAAAAACCCCAGCGUCAUGUAUUUCGGAACGGAGGGAGUAAAUAGCAAGUAGGCAAUGGAAUCAGCGGGGGCGACCACCAGCGUCGGCGCCGAGAAGAAUUCAUGGCCGGAGGUGGUCGGCCUGUCUUCGGAGGAGGCCAAGAAGAAGAUCACAGAGCACAAGCCCGACGCCGGCGCCGAGAAGAAUUCAUGGCCGGAGGUGGUCGGCCUGUCUUCGGAGGAGGCCAAGAAGAAGAUCACAGAGCACAAGCCCGACGCCGGCGCCGAGAAGAAUUACGUCCACGUCGUUCCGCCCGACGCCUUCUGUCACCAUGGAUUACAACACCGGCCGAGUCAAGGUGUUCGUCGACUCCAGCGACAAGGUCACGAAAGCUCCCAGGAUUGGCUUAGCUAGCUGGGCUCAUCCUUACGUUUGUACCAAUAAAUGAGGACGUAAUUCUGUUUAGCUGUACCCUGUAAGCUUGUGUACUGAUGUAUUCAGAAGAUGCUCCAGUGCGCCUAGAUCUAAUGUAGAGAAGAUACAAAAGGAGAUCAGGCUGGGGAAUAGUUAAAGUAAUGAAAUACCGAUACAUGCAAGAAAAUUUAGUGCAAAUGUAGAUUACAACCAUACCACUAACAGCUCGUUUGGCUCCCCUGAUUUCAUUUCAUUUGGCUGAAAUGAAAUGAAAUGAAAUCUCUAUCAAGAUUUCAUUUGGCUGAA